ACGUGCCCUGCCGUCAGCCAAUGGGGAGGCGGGUUACUGCGCGGUGCCCCGGUUGAGGAAGUGCCGGGGGUGCCCGUGCCCAGCGCUUCUCGUCCGGUUCCGCCGCCCGGGAUGCGCUGAGGGCGCGUCCGCCGCCCCUCCCAGGCGUGAAUGACAGAGGAGGUGCCCCCGAGCGCCCUGACGGAUGUGAACCUGCGCCUGCUGUGCCACGAUGACAUAGACACGGUGAAGCAGCUCUGUGGAGACUGGUUCCCAAUAGAGUACCCUGACUCAUGGUACCGAGACAUCACUUCCAACAAGAAGUUCUUCUCCCUGGCAGCCACGUACCGGGGCUCCAUCGUGGGGAUGAUAGUGGCAGAGAUCAAGAGCAGGACGAAGGUGCACAAAGAGGAUGGAGAUAUCCUGGCUUCCAAUUUUCCUGUGGACACCCAAGUUGCUUACAUCCUAAGUCUUGGAGUGGUGAAGGAGUUCAGAAAACACGGAAUAGGUUCCCUCUUGCUUGAGAGCCUGAAAGAUCACAUCUCCACCACGGCCCAGGACCACUGCAAAGCCAUCUACCUGCACGUGCUCACCACCAACAACACAGCAAUAAACUUCUAUGAGAACAGAGACUUUAAACAGCACCACUAUCUCCCCUACUACUAUUCCAUCCGAGGGGUCCUCAAAGAUGGCUUCACCUACGUCCUGUACAUCAACGGCGGGCACCCACCCUGGACAAUCUUUGACUACCUACAGCACAUUGGCUCCACACUGGCCAGCCUGAGCCCGUGCUCCAUUCCCCAGAGGAUAUACAGACAAGCCCAGAGCCUCCUCUGCAGCCUCCUGCCCUGGUCUGGCAUUUCUGCCAAGAGCAGCAUCGACUACAGCCGGACAAUGUGACGGGCUGGGCGUGCACAGGAAGCACAGGAUCGUUUGUCCUUCCGCCUGACACCUGGCUCUGCACUGGUUCCAGUGACGACGGCUCGUGGCCAGUGACCAGCCCGGGCUGGGCCUCCCUGUGCUGCUCCUCAGGGACUGACCCUCGGUAGAAUUUCCCCUGGGCUGCAGCCCCGGCUCCCGCGGGCGGGGCGGGCCCACACUCCGUGCAUGUUGCACUGUCCCCUCCGCCUCCCUCGCCUCCGGUUUGCUCCUCCCCUGCCCGCGAUGUCGGGGGUUCGGCCGCUGCUCCUGCUCCAUCCGCAGCUGCUGAGGGCAGCUGGGGGAGGUUCGUGGAUCUGCACUGAGGAACCAUUUACAUGAACUGGGAGAGCCUCAGCCGGCCCCGGCUGCCAGGGCACAGGGAGGGGCAGUGGGGAGGAGGAAAGGGGGAAUGGGAAUCAUGUCUGUGUCCUGCCACAGCAGCCAGCUGCUGCUGCGUCCUGUGGGUAACUUCCAGGGAGAGCAACUGCCUCGCAUGAGAAACCACCCAGCCCCACCAGCCCCCUCUGGAGUGAUGUAAAAAGAAGCAUAUAAUUCAGGAUGCAUAAAGUAGAAGGCAGGGAAUGAAAUUGCUAUUUCAUAGUGAAAUAUAUAUGUAUUAUACUGUA